GAUAAAAGCUGGGACACUACAUUCGUACUACACUAGCCGUGACGUAAAUCCUGGCUGGUAUCAGUGCGCAAAUCGGCAUCCUCACCCCACUUGUGCCCCGCGAUGAGGGGCUGUCGGGAGCUCUCCUGGCCUGGCGCGCGCUGAGCUCCCAAUGACCCCGCACCUUCGCCCAUUGUGCUGACCCCCCCUCAACCGAGAAUCAGAGCUGCGUCAUACAAAUCCCUCAAUCGGCCGCGGCGUAUCAUUUGUGCGAAAGACUGGUUUCAUCUUUCUUGCUGUGCCUUUUACUCUCUCCUUUGGUGGGAACCUCGAGCCCAACAAUUUCCACAACUCAAUCGCAACGACAUCCCUUCAAAACAACGUCAAAAACAACUUGCUUGACACGACCUGCCCCGCUAUUGCAACACUGAAAUACUAAGUUAACUUCACGAACCACACACAAUUCGAACAAGAUGGGUAUUCUCGAGGAUCUCAACCUGCCUACCGGCGUCAUCUAUGGCGACGAUGUGCUGAAGCUCUUCACGUACGCCCGCGAGAAGGGCUUCGCCAUCCCGGCUGUCAACGUCACAUCCUCGAGCACUGUUGUUGCCGCCCUCGAGGCUGCUCGUGAUGCCAGGGCUCCGAUCAUUCUGCAGACCAGCCAGGGUGGUGCUGCCUACUUCGCUGGAAAGGGGGUCAAGAACAGCGCCGAGAAGCAGGAGGCGUCGGUUGUCGGUGCCAUUGCCGCCGCCCACUACAUCCGCUCCAUCGCCCCCCUGUACGAGAUCCCCGUCGUCCUCCACACUGAUCACUGCGCCAAGAAGCUCCUCCCCUGGCUCGAUGGCAUGCUCGAAGAGGACGAGAAGUUCUUCAAGCAGAACGGCAUCCCCCUCUUCUCCUCGCACAUGAUUGAUCUGUCCGAGGAACCCGUAGAUGAGAACAUCAGCACAUGCGUCUCUUACCUGAAGCGGAUGGCGCCCAUGAAGCAGUGGCUGGAGAUGGAGAUCGGUAUUACCGGCGGAGAGGAAGAUGGUGUUGACAACUCCGGCGUCGACAACGCUGCUCUUUAUACUCAGCCCGAGGAUAUCUGGAAGAUCGAGCAAGCUUUCCGCCCAGUCUCGAAGUACUUCUCGAUCGCUGCUGGUUUCGGCAACGUGCACGGUGUCUACGCGCCUGGCAACGUUCGCCUCCACCCUGAGCUGCUCGGCAAGCACCAGGCCUAUGUCUCUGAGAAGCUGGGCGGCACUGAUAAGAAGCCUGUCUUCUUUGUGUUCCACGGCGGUUCCGGUUCCAGCAAGGAAGAGUAUCUCGAAGCCAUUAGCAACGGCGUCGUCAAGGUCAAUGUCGACACUGAUAUGCAGUGGGCUUACCUGACUGGUAUCCGCGACUACAUCACCAAGAACAUUGACUACCUGAAGACUCAGGUUGGCAACCCUGAGGGCCCGAACAAGCCGAACAAGAAGAAGUAUGACCCGAGAGUCUGGAUUCGUGAGGGUGAGAAGACCAUGUCGGCUCGGGUAGCGGUCUGUCUCCAGGACUUCAAGACCGCUGGCACCCUCUAAAAUGGAUGACAAGUUACGAAACAUGCCGUGGAUGGUAUCGGUAGCAUGAGGCUCGACUGGAACUACCAGAUCGAGCAGCUAAUUGAACUCGGGACUAAAAAAAGGAGAAGAACCCGAGUGUCUCAAACUAGAUAUCCUUGAGCCAAUGAAAAUCAACCUUGUUUCCUGCUUCCCGGCAUUCAGCUUCCAUUGACCCAGGAGACGCAGUUAAUAAUCACAUGCGGC